AUGCAUAAUUGGAUUUUUCGCUUUUCUCCUCCAUUGACCAUGCACCGUAUAGAGAAGCUCAACAAGGAAUAUAUGGAGAAAUUCAUCAUAUAUAUAUGCAAAGGAAACGGGGAAACGGAGAGUUUUCCAUUCACCAUGAAGCUCUUCAACAUUGUGGUCUACGUAUUCUCUUUCCCUGUCGGGUACGAGGGAAAUCAGAUCGGGUACUUGACGAAGAAGAUGAGAAGAUUCGAUCACUUGGGAAAAGAUUUGAAGCUGUCGGGAGUCCUGGAAAUUUUUUUGCGUGAACCAAAUAUUCAAGAAUGCAUCUGGAAGUGCGACGUCAACGAGCAAAAAAACAAAGGAUGCGACGGAGUCAACUACAACCCGGAUUUUGGAGAUUGUGAGCUGGUUGCAAGUGGUUCCAGUGGCCUCAUCCUCGACAGAGGCUGGUUGGCCUACUCAAGCCUUCAUCAUCGGAAGUUCCCGAAGGUGGCGGAAUGGGUAACGGCGGGCCGCGGGAAAUUCCCGGUCGGAGCUAUGGAGGGCGGGAAGACGUCCAGCGGAGAGAUACUCUACAUUGGCAGGACCAGACACGAAAGCAACGUGUUGCCAUGCAAGCUGCAUCCGUCCAAAUCGGCCUGCUACGUACCGUAUGGCGGGAAGGAGAUCGCGAAGGAUACCUAUAAGGUACUGGUGAAUAUCACCAAGGGAAACCUGGACUGGGUGGCAGCAUCCGGGGGAUCGGUCCCAAAAGGGGCCCUGCUUGGAGGACGCACGGCUGGGGGGGAACCCCUCUUCAUCUGCAGGUGCAUGCACGAGGAGGAUUUCAUCUGCGGCAAGUCUUCCAUCUGCACUUCGCCUGCUGUUCCAUUCUUGGGUACGACCAGAAGGAGAGGGGAGAUUCCACCUCGAGGAGCAGAAUACGAUGCAGACGAGAAUGCCGAAAAGGAUUCAGGGGAUGCUGAGGGCACGCGAAUAUAUCUGGAAACGCGACAUCUUCCUGAUGCUUUUCAUGCUCGGACCAUUCAUCAUGUCUUCCCCAUGACAGAUGUUGUCCUCCACAUCAAUCUUUCUCUGAACGCCUGCAGCGAAGUUGAACUACAGGAGGCGAACGAGAGAAACACUGGGAUCGCCUUUGAUGAGGAAAAUACAUUCGUCGAAAUAACUAUUCUGCAGCAGGAACAACUGAAACGGAAAGAUAAGAGGAGAUUCUAUAAGGAAACUGAGAGCGUUCCAUUCACCAUGAAGUUCUCCGACGUUGUGGUCUUCGUAUUAUCUUUCCGUAUCGGGAACGGCGAAAAUGAGAUGGAGGGCUGGAUGAAGAAGAUGAGAAGAUUCGAUCUCUUGGAGAAAGAUUUUAAGCUGUCGGGAGUCCUGGAAAUUUUUUUGCAGCAGCCAAAUAUUCAGGAAUGCAUCUGGAAAUGCGACAUCAACGAGCACAAAGGCGGAGGAUGCGACGGAGUCAACUACAACCCCGAGAUGGGGGAUUGUGAACUAGAUGCAAGUGGUCCCAGUGGCCUCAUCCGAGACAGCGGCUGGAUGGCCUACUCCAGCCUUAACCAUCGGAAGUUCCCGAAGGUGGCGGAAUGGGUGACGGCGAGCAACGGGAAAUUCCCGGUCGGAGCCAUGGAGGGCGGGAAGACGGGGGACGGAGAGAAACUCUACGUGGGCAGGACCAAACACGAAAGCGAGAUCUUGCCAUGCAAGCUCCAUCCGUCACACGGGUUCUGCUUCGCACCGUAUGGCGGGAAGGAGUUCAAGAAGGAUACCUAUGAGGUACUAGUGAAUAUCACCAAGAGCAACCUGGACUGGGUGGCAGCAUCCGGGGGAUCGGUCCCAGUCGGAGCCCUGCUUGGAGGACGCACGGCUGGGGGGGAGCCCCUCUUCAUCUGCAGGUGCAUGCACGAGAAGGAUUUCAUCUGCGGCAAGGCAAGUCGCGAUCUUCAGUUUUAUCCCGGAUCAGUGACCUCCGAAACCCUGAGGGAGACAACGACGAGCGACCUCCCCCAUAGGAAGCGACACCGACAUCUGUCGGACACCUCGUCCUCAAGCUCCGACAGCGGCCCUGAACUCUUCGUCGAAUGGACCAAAAAACCAAACGACUGA